AUGAUAAAUAACCAAAAUGGAAUGAUUUACUUUGAAGAAAAUGAUAUUACAUCAGUAAGUAUAAAUAAAAGAAAAGAUUGUCCACUUCAAAUAGGAUAUACUACAUGUUCUGAUAAACCAACUACACAUGUUCAUAUAUUAAAUUAUUUAUCAAUAGCAAAUUCUUUAGUUCCAUUAGAGAUUCAAACAAAUAAAAGAAAUUUAUUACCAUCAAGUGAUAUUCAAUUUUUACCAUUUUGGUUUAAAAAAGAUUCAGUAGUUUGUGCUGGAGAAACAUUAGAAGUAUAUUAUUUAAAUGAGAAAAUAGGAGAUUUAAUGCCAACACUUGUAGAUGGAUUUUCAUUGUACAAUAAGUCAGAUUAUCCAAUAAUUGGUGUAGAAUCAUUUAAAGGAAAAAUUCCACAACUUCUUUCAUGGAGAUUAAAUGGAGAAUUAUCAUUAUGGAAUUUAGGACAAAAGAACCAAAUAAUGACAACAAAACAAUUUGAAAUGAUAAAUGAUGUUUCAACUUCAUAUGAAGAUGAGACAUCAUUUGUAGUGAGUUGUAAUACAGGAAUAUAUUUAUAUGAUACACGGUGUAAUAGUGUUAAAAAAUUAAGUGAUAGAAUAGGAUGUUCAGUGUCAUUUUCUUUUAGAGAUCAAACAAAAAUUGCAAUAGGAACAGAGACAGUACUUCAUGUCAUUGACUGUAGAAUGGAAAACCAAAAAAUAAUGGAAUUUAUAACAAAAUCUGAUAUGAAUGAUUUAUGUUGGUUUCUUCCUCAAAUUGCAAUUGCUACUAACUCUGGUGUUGUAUUAUGGAAUCCUAUUAAAUCAAAUAGUUAUUCUGAAUGUACUUCUGAGUCCCCUAUUUUUAAUGUUGAUUGUGGUAUUUAUAACAAAGAAUGGUGUGUAGCAACAACUGACCAUUCUCUCCUUUUAUUGAACGUUUAUAAAUAA